GAAGAAUAACCUUCAAGGUUAUCUGGCAGUUCAAAUGUGUAGCAACAAUAUCCAUUUCUACUGUACAAAUGGAAGAAUCUCUUUCUGGAUCUUCACCGAUCGAUCUAUUUCCAGAAGCUAUCCCAUUGAAAUGUCCAAAUACUUCUGCUGGCCGUCAGCACAGAAAACUCUCUGUAAGGGAGAUAAAAAUCCAACGGUCUGAAGAUUGCAAUACAUAUGCUGCUCUAACGAGACAUUCAAGAGCUAAGGCCUUAUGGAAGACUGCUUUCAGUUUAAUUUCAUCUUGUGGUGACCCUUGGGAAAAAUUCCAUCUACAAGAACUUCAGGAAGAAAUAGCUAAACGUUAUCGUUAUAGUGCUAUCAAAGGCAAAUGGAUAGAAGACAUUGUACAUGUUAAAAUUGAGAAUUCUUCAUUCAAUCGUGGUGCUAUGAGAGAGUGUUUUCGUGUAAAAAAGUUGUCUAACUUUUCACAUACUUCUGAUUGGUCACAUGCUUCAAAUCAUGUUGCUAAGAAAUACAUUGAAAAAGUUGAUCGUCAUGUGUAUUUUGAUGAUGUACGUUUACAAAUGGAUGCUAAACUUUGGGGUGAAGAAUACAGUCGUCAGUUAGCAGUGCCUAAAAAGGUUGAUAUUUCACAAAUGUGUGUAUUGGAGUUUAUCAAUCGACCAGACAAACCUUUAUACCAUUUGGAACAUUUCAUAGAGGGAACGUAUCGAAAGUACAAUUCUAAUUCAGGUUUUGUGGAUGAUUUAGUCAGGAAUACUCCACAGGCUUUCAGUCAUUUCACAUUUGAACGAAGUGGUCAUCGUUUAAUUGUUGUCGAUAUACAAGGUGUCGGUAAUCUUUGGACAGAUCCACAAAUACACACAUUCGAUGGGAAAUCCUAUGGAGAUGGAAAUUUAGGCAUACGUGGAAUGGCUUUAUUUUUUCAUACACAUCGAUGCAAUCCGUUAUGUGUAGCAUUGGCGUUAAGUCCAUUCGAUUUACCGGAUAAUGAAAAAUUUACAAAACCAUUCAGUCAAACAGUGGUGGAGGCAGAUAAUCAAACUGACGAGAAAACACAAACUUGCAAUGAUGAUUGUGUUGGUGAGGAGGUGGUGUUCAGUGGAACAGUAGCUAUUCCAGCUUCUCGUCGAAAUGAUUAUUCUUUUCGUCGACUGGUUUCAGAAAAUUUAGACUCAUCUGAUCUACAAAAUAAAAACAAUAAUAUGACGAGUGGACUAGCAAACAGUGAUUUUGUGAAUCCAGCCGAUUUUAUGGAGUCGCACAGUUUACCAUCAUCGAAUUUACCCUUUCUGCCUACUGAUUCGCCAAUAGUAAAUCGUUAUGGUAUUCUACAAAGAAGAAGUAACAUUUCAAAUGGUGGUAUCACUACGGCUACCAGUAAUUCGGCAGCUAGUGGGAAACGCAGUGCUAAAUGUAAUGGCAGUGAUCAUGAUUAUUUGAAUGGUAAUUCUACAGAUGAUUUAAUCUUUGGUCCAUUGUCUAUUCAUGACGUUUCAUAUGAUUCAGGCAUCAGUUUCGACACUGCGCCAUUCUCUGCGAAUGCAUUUAAAACGCAAAACUCCAUUAAUGAUUUCUGUCAUGAACAACAAUCCAGUUCAGAUUUGGAUCAGUCAAAUUCUCAAUUGAAUUUCAUUGAUAGUGAAGGAAAACGUAGUAAGGAAGCUGAACUGAUUGAAUUCUUUCGAGCGCAUCAAGCAGGUCACCGAAGUAGUUCUGUUGCAGCUCUUCACGGUGCUGACACUGUAAUUUUAGGCCUAAUACAUCAUGAAUUGGCUCGUCUACACGCCUCUGGUCGUCUAGCUUUAAUGCAUCAAUCAGGUUGUUAUCAUCGGAAAUGUAGUAAUGUAAAGGGGAAUAAAUUAUCUACAAAUAUUGAAGAUAUUGACAGUAGUCGAUUGAAUGAAUUACAUCCACCUGAGAAUGUUAACUGGGAGGCUGUUUUAUUCCAUGAAGAACAAGCUGCUACACUUGGUUGUCUGGAUGCUAUUCAAUGUUUAUCACAGUACUACUUAAAUCUAAUGAUUGAUGGACCAUUAUCUGAAUGUCCAAUCAAGCCUGAUCCAUCUGACUCGCAUACUCGAGGCUUAGCUUUAAUUAGUACAGCUGCCUCAGCUGGAGAUCGUAUGGCUAUGAUAUACUUGGCUGAAGCCAAUUUUAAUGGAGAUGUAUAUAAUCCAGAUGUUACAAACAAGAAACCUGAUUGGCUGGCUGCUACGCAUUGGUAUGAAAUGGCAGUGAAGACUGUAAAUACUUCAUCAGAUGGAAGUGAUGAAGAAACUGAACCCAAUGAAGGUUAUCCACCAUUUGUUAGAAAUAAUCGAGCUGGUUUUCAUUCCUUGUCCGACUGGCCAAUUUAUCGUUUACAAGGACGUCUAGCUGAAAUGUAUGCUAAAGGUGGUCAUGGUUUGAAAAGAGACAGAAUGAAAGCAUACGAACUUUAUGAGUCAGCAGCAGAAGGAGCCACAGAGGCAUUGGAAGGACGUAUAGCAAUGAAGUAUUAUGAACAAGCAGCCCUGUUAGAAGAAUAUGCUGGAGGUGAUGAUGAAAGUUGAGUGUUUAUUUUAAACAUCUACCCCCCCCCCCCGCCCCCUCCUACCCACAUACACACACCCGCGCGUGCGCCCAAACACUUCCGGUGGUGCCUUCAAAAUCAUUCGUCACUUGUUAUAUACACUACUGCUCACAAACUAUUGCCUUUUAUUUGUAUUUCAUUCAUUCAUUCUUCCAUCCAUCCAAGAGAUAUCUCUCAUAGACUUUCAACCUGCCAUGUAAUUUAUACUUUGUAAGAAAUCUAUUUUAGCUAUUCCCCUUCUCCAUUUUUUCGUCUGUCUAAAAUGAUGUAAUACCUAUUGUUUUGUUUUAAUAACAUGAACAAAAAGCUGUAGACACACGUCAUCGAGUGUUUUGUUCAAAGUAAACAGUCUCCAUGCUUUUCCUUUUUGAUUUUGCAUCUCACGUAGAACUGCAUCAAACUCCUGUUCUCUUCAUCUAGUUCAACAUUUAUAUAUAUAUACAUAUAUAUGUACUGUUGCUUUACCCUAUGAUCAUAUAUUGUGCUAUGCAUUUUAUUGACUGUUUAUUUUUGUAAAUUCUUGUUUCUGCUAUGGCUUAGAAUUAGCAAAAGUGUAUAAUGAAUUCAUUAAUAUUAAUGAUUUGUUUAUGUCAAAUAUCAGUUGAUUUGAUCUGGA